CAAUAAAAAAUUUUAAGUUGUAGAGUAGGUGUGGUUAUGUUAGAAUUUUAAAAUGGCGGAAGAUUUGGCUUUAUUCUCUUCACUAUUUCAAGGAGCCUUUCCAGAGGAAUGGAAAAGAGAUCCUGAAUUUGUGAGAUACCUUUCAGAAUUAACUUCAUUCUCUAUCAAACGACUCGCACGGGAACCAGACCUGAUCAAAGAGGAACAGGAAUGCGUCUUGAACUCAACACAAAAUCUUGCAUUCAAUAAUUACAAGACAUUUAUACAGACUGCCGAAUGUUCUAGAGAAGUAUUUCGAGAGUUUAUUGCAGUUGAAGACCACGUCAAUAAAUUAAUUGAUAAAUUACCGAAUUUCUCCUCCUCUUGUAAGCAGUUUGGCAAAGACGCUCAAGAUAUAAGCAGCAAACGCAAACUCAAUUCCCUAGCUCUAUCAAGACACACCCAGUUAUUGGAGAUACUAGAGAUACCACAAUUAAUGGAGACAUGUGUACGUAAUGGCUAUUAUGAGGAGGCACUGGAACUGAGUUCACACGUGAAAAGAAUGGAAAAGAAACACAACAACAUACCUAUUAUUAAAAAUAUUGCGUCUGAUAUAGAGCGCUGCUCUAAUCUGAUGCUAAUGGAGUUGAUCCAGCAGUUGCAAGGAAGCAUACAGCUACCGUCUUGUCUCAGGUUGGUCGGUUUGCUGAGGAGGAUGGAUGUUUUCAACGAAUCUCAAUUGAGACUCAAGUUUCUACAGUCGAGGGAUUACUGGUUACAGUCAGUCCUGUCUUCAAUACCUAAGGAUGAUCCUUAUAUGCACAUCAGUAAAACCAUUGAGGCUUGCCGUGUUCACUUGUUUGACAUUGUCACUCAAUACAAAGCCAUAUUCCCUGAUGAUGACACCAUGUUACUCAGCACUCAUAGCAGCUACACUGGAAAACAAGCAGAUGGAACACUCUUCUGUGGCUGGUUAAACAGCAAAAUAUGGCAGUUUCUACAGUUGCUUGAAUCUGAUCUGUUGAAAGGUGUUGGAGGUCGUAUUGACUCGUUGCUCAGUCAGUGCAUGUACUUUGGUCUCUCCUUCAGUCGGGUCGGAGCCGACUUUAGGUUCCUCAUUGUCCCAGUUUUCAUACGAGUCUCUCUCCAGUCAUUCCAGCACUCUGUGAGGAAUGCUAAACACAGUUUUCAUGAAGCCAUGAAACACUUCACUCUCUCCCAGCCUCUACCGCUACUCUCCUCCACGUCUCCCCUCUCCUCUCUCUCUCCUCUCUCUCCCCCUCACUCUCUCCUUCCCUAUCAACCUAUUGUUCUACUCACUAAUUCUCUCAUUUUGGCUUUCAAUGAUCUUCGUUCAUGUGCCCCGAUUGCGCUAGCCCCUGAAGUGAGUCGAGAGGUGGAGAGACUGCUACAAAGUACAGUACAUGAUAUUGGAGAAUAUUAUAAGCUAGAAAAUGGUUCUUUCACACAGACAGAGUUCAAGGCAUUCCAGCAGCUCUGUAAAGCAGUUGCUUUUGAUUUCCUUCCCUACAUUGAGCGGUGUCUCUCGACACUUUAUCCCGAGGAAUCGGUUCAAACGAUUGCCUCUCGUAGCUCACUCUCUCUCAGAAAAAGAAGAGAAGAAGAGGGAGGAGAAGGGAAGUCCCUAUCAUCAUCAUCAUCACGGCAGCGAGUGCUUGUUAAAGUCGGGAUAAAUGCUAAGAGUUUGGCGGAGCCUCUUAGAGAUAUAGUCCCUGAAGUAUUUGAAGAGCAUGAGAAAGAAGAAAUGGCAAAAUCUGUUGCUAAGUUAUUGUCCGAUACAACGACACCUACAAUUGAUUUGUCUGCUCCCACAAUUGAUUCAACUAUAUCCACUGAUGAUUCAUCUACCACUGAAGUUCCUCCUCCCACUAUUGAGCAACCCGCUACUGAAGAACCGACUGAGAAACCCACUGAAGAACCUUUUGAAGGACUUACUGAAGGAGAGCCAGCAGUAUUGGGAGGUGUUGAAGGUUCUCCUCCAGAAGAAACCCGCGAUUCUGCUGAAGAAGAUAGUAUGUAGUUUAUAAGUGAUUUUAUUAUCUUUAAAAAUUAAAAAUAAUAGCUCAUUAA